AUGUUAACGUGUGGCAUCAUCACACCUGCGGUUCGCUUUGCCCUCCUCGGCAAAUCCGACUCAGUCCUCCUAUCCCGAUCUCCCUCAUGGUCCUGUAGAUCCGUUUCUUAUCUUACCGGUUCGCCGAUUUCACUCGGUUCUAUUCUCAGUGUACGUUUUACUCUAGGUCUUAUUUCUACUACUAGAGCGCCUAGGCUCUGA